AACUGAUUAUGGCAUUUAUCGGUUGACUGUUGACCGGUAAAGAUUUAUGAAAGGCUGCGCAGUUUCGUUUUCGGACUACUACACUUCCGAGGACGUACGCCGCGCCUUCCUCCGCUUUCCUCUCUCACUCCCUCACUGUACGUGACGUCAAACCAGCAUGGCGGCCAAGGUACAAUCUACCAAGCGCGGGGACCCAAGUGAGCUGAAAUCAAUCUUCCAGAAGUAUGCCAGUGUAGCGGACAAGGAUGGAGAGAGGUUCAUGACCUCAGGAGACUUUGUCCAGAGGUAUCUAGGACUUCACACGCAGAUCCACCACAACCCCAAAACUGUACAGCUCAUUGCUGCUGUCGCUGACACCACAAAGGACGGACUGAUCUCGUUCCAGGAGUUUUUUGCAUUUGAGUCUGUGUUGUGUGCGCCCGACACCCUCUUCAUCGUAGCCUUCCAGCUGUUUGACAAGAAUGGAAGUGGAAACAUUUCCUUUGAGAAUGCACGGGACAUCUUCAGCCAGACCACGGUGCACCACCACAUUCCCUUCAACUGGGACUGUGAGUUCAUCCAUCUGCACUUUGGGCACGACCGCAAGAAACGCCUCAGCUACCUCGAGUUCACCCAGUUCCUGCAGGAGCUGCAGUUGGAGCAUGCACGCCAGGCGUUCGCCCAGAAGGACAAAGGGAAGAACGGCGUCAUCUCCGCAAUGGACUUCAGUGACAUUAUGGCCACCAUCAGACACCACGUGCUCACACCCUUUGUGGAGGAAAACCUUGUCUCCGCUGCAGGUGGCAACACCUCUCACUUGGUCAGCUUCUCUUACUUCAAUGCCUUCAACUCCCUCCUGAACAACAUGGAGCUGAUUCGCAAGAUCUACAGCACACUGUCUGGCACGCGGAAGGACACGCUGGUGACCAAAGAGGAGUUUGUUCAUGCUGCCAACAGGUUCGGUCAGAUCACCCCCAUGGAAAUUGACAUCCUGUACCAGUUGUCCGGCCUGCACUCCCCCUCUGGGCGCCUGAAUCUUGCUGACAUUGAGAGGAUAGCUCCGUUAGAGGAAGGAUGUCUGCCCUACCACCUGGCUGAAACCCAAAAACAGGCCCAUGGGGACAGUUCCAGGCCUGUGUGGCUCCAGGCUGCAGAGUCGGCCUACAGGUUCUCUCUGGGCUCCAUCGCUGGAGCCACGGGAGCCACGGCAGUGUACCCUAUUGACCUGGUGAAGACUCGUAUGCAGAACCAGAGGUCCACAGGAUCCUUUGUUGGAGAGCUGAUGUACAAGAGCAGCUUCGACUGUGCUAAGAAGGUGCUUCGUUACGAGGGCUUCUUCGGCUUCUAUAGAGGUCUGGUCCCUCAGCUUAUAGGUGUAGCACCUGAGAAGGCCAUCAAGCUCACAAUGAAUGACCUUGUGAGAGACAAGUUCACCACCAAGGACAACACGAUUCCUUUUCUUGCUGAGGUUCUCGCUGGUGGUUGUGCUGGAGGCUCCCAGGUGAUCUUCACCAACCCUCUGGAGAUUGUGAAGAUUCGCCUGCAGGUGGCGGGCGAGAUCACCACCGGUCCUCGAGUCAGCGCAGUCAACGUGAUCCGUGACUUGGGCUUCUUCGGCCUCUACAAGGGUGCUAAAGCGUGUUUCAUGAGAGACAUCCCCUUCUCUGCCAUCUAUUUCCCUGCCUACGCCCACCUCAAGAGCCAGUUUGCUGACGAGCACGGCAGGCUGGGAGCUCUGCAGCUUCUCAGUGCUGGAGCAAUUGCAGGUAUCCCUGCAGCCUCCCUUGUGACUCCUGCUGAUGUCAUCAAGACACGUCUGCAAGUUGCAGCGAGGGCGGGACAGACCUCUUACACAGGAGUCAUCGAUUGCUUCAGGAAGAUUAUGAGAGAGGAGGGGUUCAAGGCUUUGUGGAAGGGAGCUGGAGCUCGUAUGUGCCGGUCUUCUCCUCAGUUUGGUGUGACUCUGGUGACUUAUGAGCUCUUGCAGCAGUGGUUCAACGUUGACUUUGGAGGACAUCGUCCGACAGGAUCUGAGCCCACACCCAAGUCUCGCAUCUCAGAGCUUCCUCCCAUUAACGCUGACCACGUCGGAGGCUACCGCCUGGCAGCAGCUACCUUUGCCGGGGUGGAGAACAAAUUUGGCCUCCACCUUCCCAAAUUCAAGUCCUCCGGCGUGGUUUCUAUACAUCACCCAGAGCCAGUCGCUGCCACACCGACUCAGGACCCAUAGAGGUCUGAAUCGCCACAUCACUUUGCCAUCCCUCUCCUCCUCUACCAGGAGCCAGACACUUAAAUAGAUACAUGCACAGUUUAAACACAUCGCACAAGUAGGGGCCCAUUUAUUUAGGAACAAAAAACAGCAGGGCAAGUUGUGCUCCACUGGUCCCCAGCCAGAGGCGGAGAGCUGGCCGCGGAUGUAACCGAGCAGACAGACCAGAGCGCCGACUGUGUUGUAUCUUCAGUGGCUGCACGCUCCUGGCAUCUCCAUGUUUGUGUUUUUCUCUCCAGCAUUCAUAUGAAACGGAGCCUCCAGCACUCCUCUCUCUCUCUCUGUCUCUCUCUCUCUCUCAUGAGUACCUGAUUUGAUUUUUACUCAGUUUUCCGUCUGAUACUCAGUGCGAGUACGACUUCUCUUAUUGGACAGCUGGCGUAGAAAAUAUAAGAUUGUUUAGCAUGGUGUGCGGGGCUUCACUUUUGAUUGGUCCUCCGACAGGAGGCUAAAUACUGUACAUAUUGUAUAACUGUACUGAGACAACAUAUUGACAGAAAAGAAAAUGUUACAAGCUCCAUAACGUAACGUUCAGUCAGCAUCAUUAUAUAGUAACUGUAAAGUUAUGGCAAUGUGGGGCCUUUGGUCCUUGUCUCUGAGAGUCGCUCUUACUGAUGUACAGAACUUUUCAAUUAAGUGUUUUCUUGAUAAAACAAGAAUCAUGAGAAGAGAAUUAGAUAAUAAAUUAAAUGUAUCGCAAUUCAGUCAUUGUAUUUUAUUGAAAUAAAUCAUCCAUAUGGUUUUAAUUUUA